AAUUUGCGGCAGCGAGAAAGGGGGACAGUGGCACUGUCGUAAGCUUCAGGCUUGUGAAGCGACAAAACUCCGUUUCAAGCGUUAUGAAUGAGACGUAAAUGGGAGUGAAUGGACCCAAGACCUGAGCAGUCACAUAGAUUGACAACUCAUUUCUUGUACUACUGUCGGAAAUAAUCGGUUUGAGAAAGUGAUGCGCAGUGGAGCGCCCGGCGCAGAGACAUUCCAGAGUGGAUCCUUAAAGGCUCUGAUUUUGACGGCGCUCCUGAGUGUGUUUAUGUUCCAGCUGCUGAGGACUGUUGGACUGCGAGCGUUCUCCAUGGCAUCCGAGACGUACAUGUCGGGAACACACUCUGCUGCUUUCGUCACCUGUCCAAAUGACACUGUAGCUAAAGACUUGGCUAGAGGGAUUGUGGAAAGGAAACUGGCUGCUUGUGUGAACAUCGUCCCAGCGAUUAAAUCGGUAUAUGAAUGGCAGGGAAAGAUAGAAGAGGAUAAUGAAGUACUUCUGAUGAUCAAAACAAGAAGUUCCAGAGUGCCUGCGCUUGCUGAAUAUGUCCGCUCUAACCAUCCCUACGAGGUGGCCGAGGUCAUCAGUCUGCCUAUUGAGCAGGGCAACCCACCUUACCUCAAGUGGAUAGGAGAUGUUGUGCCUGAGUAGAAAUAGAUGGAUGGGUAAAUGUAAAAAAAUAAACAAAAAUGCAACUGUUACCAAACUGUAGAAAACAUAGAUGAACGUGAUCAUUGUGAAAUUAAAAAACAAGCAAUCGACCUAAUAUGCUUUCUUACCACUAGAGGGCAGCAUCUUUUUCGUUUCCGAAAUUAAACAGUUGCUGCUUUGACCUGUUGGAAACGAUUUAUUGCUGUCUUCUUGUGCUGCAAUGUGAAAUACAUUUUUCUAAAAUAA